AUGGCUAAUCUUACCAAACUUGAGUUCGUUGCCCUUCAUAGUUCGGGCAAGAACUACCUUUCAUGGGUACUGGAUGCUGAAAUUCAUUUGGAUGCAAUAGGUCUUGGAGACACCAUUAAAAUUGAAAAUAAAGCAUCAAAACAAGACUGUGCUAAAGCAAUGAUAUUCUUACGUCAUCAUAUGGACAAAAUUUUGAAAAUUGAAUAUCUCACAGUCAAUGAUCCACUUGUUCUAUGGAAUAAUCUAAAAGAAAGAUAUGACAAUUUGAAGAUGGUCAUUCAUCCAAAUGCAUGGAUGCAUUUAAGGCUACAAGUCUUUAAGUCUGUUCAUGAGUACAAUUCUGUCAUGUUCAGAAUUACUACUCAAUUGAAACUAUGUGGAGAUACGCAACAAUAUCGAGAAAAGGGUUUCAAGAAGUAUUCUGAACUGAUUUCUCAUCUUCUCGUGGCUGAACAAAAUAAUGAUUUGUUGAUGAAAAAUCACGAGAAUCGUCCCACCGGAUCUACACCAUUUCCUGAAGUGAAUGAGGUGUACGCCCACCACGUUAGGAGUGGAAGAGGUCGCGGACGUGGACGUGGUCAUGGUCGUAAUUAUGACCAAGAGCGAAAUCCUUUUUCCGGUGUUAAUCAUUCACCAAAGAAAAAUCACAAAGGGAAAAGGAAAAGAUGA